AAUGACAAUUGUAAUGAUUGAUGACAUAUUCAUUGAAGAGAGAAGUAGUUUCAAAAUAAAAAUAAAAAGUACCCGCGUAUUUUAUCAAGAUAAUACACCCAAUUUUGAUAAAAAUGACAUCCGCAUCGUCUAGCAGCGCUCGAUCCCUGUUUGCAGAAUCUAAACAACGUCUUGCUGAGAGAGUUCAAGUAAAUAUGAACAACAUAACAUCACUUGCGCGACAGAUUCAACGAGGGUCCAAAUCAAACGAGCUUCUGAUGAAAGCAGCGAGAGACACCGCAUCCACAGAGCCAUUAAUGGAAAGCACAGAAGCAAACUUAAAGAAAAUGCACUUGAUUUCUGUGCACAUGGGAUACCAGUACGAAAGCAUAUUAAAAUCAGCUCAAAUACUCUCAGAAGCGAGCGAACAAGCUGCUAAUAUGCAUAGAUGAAUUGAUUUGAUAUUUAGUAUAAUUGACUAGCAAAGAUCUUUUAUGUUUAUAACAUUAAAGACUAUAUUAAUGUAACAAUGCUGU